CUUCACACUUUCUCAAUGCCUCUGUUUUUGACCCCAGAUGUGGAUGAGUGUAAUCUUCCUAGUGAUUACUAUGACGAUGACCCUGUAACACCACAAAUCUGUGGUGAGAAUGCAGCAUGCAUCAACACUGAAGGAAGCUUCUACUGUCAAUGUGCUCUUGGGUUCAGAUCAUCAUCACAGCGGAUUAACUUCACAGCUGCCUCACCUGAAAAAUGUUUAGACAUCAACGAGUGUUUGGAGAAUAAGGACCCCUGUGGUCCCAAUGCCGAGUGUCACAAUGUGUUAGGGUCCUACUCCUGCAUCUGCAAUGAGGGGUUUGUCUCCAGUACUGGAGUGGAAAGACUUAUAUCUGGCCAAGGAGUCACGUGUGAAGAUAGAAACGAGUGUUUGGACGACAUCACAAUUUGCGGGAAGCAUGCACAGUGCGUCAACACACCAGGCAGCUACUCCUGUGUCUGCAAUCCAGGGUUUGGCCUGAAGUCUGGCAAAGCUCAAUUCACAGAGAAUGGAGAAUCAUGUGAGGAAAUAACAGAUCAGAAAGCCACCACAGACCAGACAGCAACCACAGACAGUGAGGAUGCUCAAGGUGCUAAAGACUUGUGUAAAAUAAAUAUGUUUAUCUGUGGAGGGAAUGGAACGUGCCAUAAUGCCGCCAACAGUGGCCAUCGGUGUGCGUGCCAUGCAGGAUUCACCAACUACGGAGACCCACAGGGGAGAUGUACUGAGUUGAACUGUGAAACGUUUGCGAGUGAGAAGCAUCUUAAGAUGGUUAUCCCAGGUCUGCAGGAUGCUGUGGACCUGAUGAGGACCAGUUGUCUGGAGUUGAGUGAGAGUAAUAGGGCAAAACAAGUCGAUGGAGAGGCCCUGCUAGAGACUCUGUUGUCUGCUAUAGACAGGCUCCUGUCUCGCGGGCCUCUGAAUAAUAACAAGGAAGUGAGUGUCUUGCUGGACCUGGUAGAGACUGCUCUGAGAAUAAUCGGACCUCUGCUGAAACACCCCAAGACCAGGCGGUUCAAAACUCACACCGAGGUGGAGCUGUUGGUGCAGAGAAAUGCCUCCUCACCCCAGGGACCCCUCACCUUGUCCUCUACACACGCUCAGCUAGACAGCCACUGGGAGACUGCUGCUGGAGACACCUCCUACCCAGGAUUUGCAACAGUGUCCCUGCUCAGCUACAAGGGUCUGGAGACAUCCACCAACCAUUCCUUCUCAGGGCUGAAGGCACAGGAGGGCCACAGCUUCCAGAUCAACUCCAAAGUGGUGACGGCCACCAUUAGUAACAAGAACACAACCUUUCUCAAGGAGCCAGUCACAUUCACCUUCUCCCAUUUGAAGGAGUCAGAUGAAGGGAGCUACACCUGUGUGUACUGGGAUGCUGAGUUGGGAGAAGGGACCUGGUCUGAUCGAGGCUGUUUCCUGCUGCAGUCCAAUGCCACCCAUACUGUGUGCUCCUGCUACCAUCUCAGCAGCUUUGCUGUUCUUAUGGCUCUCUAUGAGUUCAAGGACACAUUCCAGCUGCAGCUGAUCACCUGGGUAGGCCUGUCCCUGUCCCUGCUGUGUCUCUUCAUCUGCAUCCUCACCUUCUCCCUGAUCCGCUCCAUCCGGAGCACCCGCAAUACCAUCCACCUCCACCUCUGCCUCAGCCUCUUCAUCGCCAACCUGAUCUUCCUCGUCGGCAUCUCACGCACCGAGAGCCAGGCUGGUUGUGCGGUGGUGGCUGGGCUGCUUCACUUCUUCUUCCUGGCAGCGUUCUGCUGGAUGUGUCUGGAGGGAGUGCAGCUCUUCAGGAUGGUGGUCCUGGUCUUCAACACCACCUUCAGGCCCCUCUACAUGAUGGCGGGGGGCUACGGCGUUCCUGCUGUCAUCGUCGCCAUCUCUGCCCUCGCCAACGCCAAAGGAUACGGAACAGAGCGCCACUGCUGGCUCAACCUUGAAGAUGGAUUCAUCUGGAGCUUCUUUGGCCCUGUCUGUAUCAUCAUCAUGGUGAACGUGUUUUUCUUCCUCAUCACAGUGUGGUAGUUGGCCCAGAAGUUCUCCAGCCUGAACCCUGACCUUGACAAACUCCGCAAAAUCAAGGCUUUCACCAUAACUGCAGUGGCUCAGCUGUGUGUGCUGGGCACCAUGUGGAUCUUUGGCUGUUUCCAGUUUGAGGAAAGCAUGCUGGCC